GGCACAAGUCAUUCCUCUUCUUUCGGUUCGUCGAAGGCUGCGUAUAAGAAGCGCGCAACCUCGAUAAAGCGGCCAAACGAUUAUUUGCGACUCGUCAUGUUAGAGGCAUUCCGUUGGUGACUUCCGCUUAAUAAUCAAUCAUCAUGAGCAAUCUUAAGGAGGCUGCCCGUUUAAAGUUGGCUCUGACUAAAUGGCACCAAUGCGAAUAGUUGAAUGAAAGGAUUUUAAUCAACGUAUUGAAAAUUAAUGAAUUAUCGUUUCUUUUGUGUUUUUCGUGAUUUUCCCGAUCCUUAAAUGUGACAUAGGAAUUCAUUUGUAACUUUGUGUGAAACCUCGGGCACUUAACAGCGAAAAUUAAAUAACUUUACGUUCACUGAUAUUAUUUUUAAGCGUUGAGUCACUGCGGCUUUUAAAGAAGAAUUGAUUGCAUUGCACUAAUGGAAUAUGCCGCAUUCUCGUCAGAAAAUGCUAAUCGUUCUUGGUGAAUAACCGAGCAAAGAUUAUAAUGAGCCUGCACAUUUCCAUUCAACGCCGGGAUCCCCACGUAUAAUAAACAUUCCGCAGAACCACUACCCUGUCGAUCUGAAUAAAGAAAAGAAAAAGUCGCUUUUAAGUGCACUUUUGAUGUAUAGUUGAAGGGGGCAAGUCAACACGCAGAACAUCUCGAGAAGGUAGAAAAAUGUGUAAACAGAUGUUCAAGUAGUCCAGUAGUUGACGUGUUUUUAUUCAGAUAAGUGAGAAUGAACGAAUGCUUUUAAAAAAUUGAAUUCAAAAAAUUUCGAAUAAUUGAAUUCAAAAUAUUUUGAAUAAUUGAAGUCAAUUCAAUUAUUUCAAAGCAUUGAUUCAUCGACACUUAUCUGAAUCUUAUCGCAUCAUUUAAAUUUCAUUAAAGGUUAUCGCGCGUAUCCAUAGCCUAGCUCUUUACAAACAUGUUCAUCGUACGAGACACGCAGUCGCACAGGCAACACUGGUUGUGGUAUCGAAAUGGAUAACUUCAUUAGUGUACGAGACUUUGAAAAUCAUGCAUUAAGUGUUUUAGAGCCAACCGUAAAAAAUUAUUAUUUGGGUGGUACUAAAGCCGAAGAAACUACAAAACUUAAUAUAGAUUCAUUUAAAAAGUUCAGAAUACGACCUAAAGUAUUAAGAAAUGUAUCCAAGAGAGAUAUCAGUACAACAAUCCUUGGAGAAAAAGUAUCAAUGCCUCUGGGUGUUUCACCAACUGCACAUCAAAGAUGGGCUCAUUUGUGUGGAGAACGUGCCAGUGCUAAAGCUACCGAAAGUAUUGGAACAAUUUUUAUAUUGUCUUCAUACUCCAAUUGUACUAUUCAAGAAGUUGCAAAGGCAGCUCCAAACGCUAUCAAGUGGCAACAAUUAGCUAUACAUAAAGAUCGCGAUUGCACGAGACACAUUGUACAGACAGCAGAAAUAGCAGGUUUCAAAGCAAUUGUUGUCUCGGUUGACUAUCCUAUACUGUCUAAAUCAUCAACAAGUAAAAUCAAAAUUACUAAAGAUGCAAGAUUUUGUAUUUACGAGGAUUAUUAUUUAUCAAAAAAUUCGCAAAAUGAUUUAGGUGAUAUUUUUAGCCGCGUAAAAACAAUUAUCGAUGAUUCUGUAACUUGGCAAGAUUUAUUAUGGUUGAAAAGUAUUACACAGUUGCCAAUUGUUGUAAAAGGUGUUUUAACUGCCGAGGAUGCAGUAUUAGCUGUUAAUCAUGGUGCCAGUGCCAUAUUAGUUUCUAAUCAUGGAGGCCGACAGCUUACAUCGACGAUUUCAUCGAUUGAGGCCCUGCCCGAAAUCGUCGCAGCAGUUGGUAACAAAGUUGAAGUUUACGUAGAUGGUGGAGUUAGACAUGGAACUGACGUAUUCAAGGCUUUAGCUGUUGGAGCUAAAAUGGUGUUUGUGGGAAGGCCCAUAAUAUGGGGCUUAGUUUGCGACGGCGAAAAGGGAGCACGCGCUGUACUAGAUUUACUUUACGCCGAAAUAGAGGAAACGUUUGCUUUAGCAGGUUGUCGAAAUGUUCACGAAGUCACAAGAGACUUAGUGAAGCACAAGUCAUUAUACAGUCAUCUUUAAUUAAUAAAUCUUUAAUUUUUACAUUCCUUUGAAUGAAAAGUCUCUUACAAUUUUCCUUUUUUAAAUAAAAAUGGAAGUAUUAAUGAUUCGUUGUAAUACAUCUAAUUAAAAAAAAUGUAAUAAAAUCAUUUAUGGA